UCCUGGUAUGACCUUCCCGACAGCCUCCGUGAUGUCGAAACCAUUUGGGAGCAUCUAGACCUGGCUGCUUUGUGGUCUUCUCUUUUGGAGAGGCACGACAGGAAGGAGAGGAAGAAGCUCUCGUACUUUGGGGGCAUCCGCACGUCCACAGACGACGUCGGCUCACCUUGCCCUUACGGCAAUGUCGAGAGCUAUGUCAGCAAUGACGAAGGGAUCUCCUGGACCAGAGAUCCAGGAGAUCGAGUGUGGGCAUUGGUCUUCGACGAGCUCGUGCCGGCCCACAACACUGUUCUGCGGAAUUGCAACGCCGACACCAAAGGUGACUUCAUCGAGCUCACACUGGGCGCAUGCCAGCAGCUGGAAAGACGCAGCGAUGGCUGCUUUGUGAGCCAUCCGGACUGUCUCUCCUGCGGGCAGCGCGUUUUUGCUCGUAGCUGGUAUGCUACCUGGAAUGUCUUCAGCGGCGACACUGUCGCCGACCUGGUGUGCCGUGCGAUCCAGGCGCUGCCCAAGCCCCACGGCGGCCUCCUGCUGCCGGUGGCCUCCAUGAAGACCCUGGGCUUCGUGCGGGCCGAGGUGGCUGCCUGCCGUCUGGUGCUGAUGGACGACCUGGAGAUGGCCCUGCCUGCAACUACGCACUUCGUGGCAGGAUACCAACUCACGCCAGUGAUGCGCCUCUCCAGGGUGGAUUGA